UAUCAUUCGCUCAACAGCAGCUUAUUCACAACAUCAAACAAAAUGUUCAAACUUUUCUUCCUCGCUUGCAUGAUGGCCGUCGCCAUCGCUGACCCCAAGCCUGGUGUGCUGUACAGCGCUGCAUACACAGCGCCGGUCGCUGCGGCGUACACCGCUCCCGUGGUGUCGGCCGCCUACACCGCGCCCCUCGCCUACUCCGCGUACUCCGCACCCCUCGCCGCGUACUCCGCCUACCCCUACGCCUCACCCUAUGCAGCUUACUACCUGCGCAAGUGAAAAGUUCCAAUCCACGAAACAAGCAAUGAAAUAAAUUAGAUUUUGA